UCUUCUUUAGUCUACCGCCAACCCGCGUCUGCUCGAGUCGGUACCUCAGUCGCCGCGUUCCAUCCGACCGACAGUUUGUGUGUGAGUGUGUGUGUGCGUCUCGUUAUUUUUGGCACGUCGUGUGAUUUUGGUGCACCACCAGCAAUCGGAAGACAACGGAUUAUAUACAACAUUUCACCGGAUUAAUUAUCAAUUCAAUUUCUCCAGACAAUUAAUUUUUCGGUUUUGUGUGUCUUUCUUUCCUCAUCCAACGUUUCAAAGAAAACAAGAGGAAAACAAAAAAAAAGUGGUUGUCCUUUUCCGGUUCAAUUUUUUUAAUUGACGUCCGAGUCAAUCAGACACGGUUAUGUUUGGCUGGAAUGCGCUGAUCAGAUAGUGACUUGUCAUCAAAAAUAUUGUGACCUCGAAUCAAAAUAGAUCUGCCAAAAAGUCUACAAAAAACGGUCAGUCUGUGAGUUGGUUCUUUUUGACCUGUGGCGGACAGAAAUUCCUGGGUAUAUACCUGCCGAUGGAGACGGUUGGAAUGGUACAAGUGCUCUUUCGCCAAUACCUGUGACUCCUUUCGAACUGUACCAGCCCCUCCAACUAGGUGUGCAUGUACAGCCCCAGCCAGCAGCAGAUUGCUGGGACAAACAACAUCCGGCAGCGGCGGAAUAAUAAUAAAAGAAUGAUGUUCCGCAAACACCUGAGCGCUCAGAGUUGGCGGACGGUGGGAGCUGUGUUGCUCCUGCUCUCGCACUACGUCGGCCCUGGAUCUUCUUUCGUGGUUGUCGUCGACGAGCCCGGCGCUCAUACACCUGGCGGAUCAAUCAUUUUCCAGGCCGCCGUGACGGAUGGCGCCGGCCACAACGGACGUCAGUGGACCUACGCCUGGUCAUCAACGUCACCGCCAACGACCAGGAGCUUGUUCCACCUCAGCAAAGACGGAUCGGUGCGGUUGAAACGCCAGCCGUCGACCACCACCACCACCGUCACGCCCUGCUCCGACUGGCCGUUGAGGAUCGAGGCCUAUGAUCCGUCCGUCCUUGUCGGAGUGGCCAGAGUCAGUUUCCCGCUCACCGUCCGGUUCAAAUCUUGCCAGCAGCAGCAGCAGCAGCAGCCGAUGGUUGGGCAAGACUCGGUUCAAGUCAUCACCGUCUUGCCGGCCUCGGCGGGACGUGAGACGGGCGAAGAUCGGCUUUUUAAUGAGAUUUGCCUAAGGCGGAGUGAGCUCAUAGUCACCAAACUGGAUGCCUACCUGCCAGAGUCGGUGCGACGCUAUUGCACGACUGACAGGUGGUCGUCUUCAACGCUCCAUCGAGCCGUCGAAUCAUCUGGAGUGGAUUUGGUUUCGACGGAAUCUGGAUGCCGGCCAGGCAGGAGCGGGCGGGCCCAGCUUCACUACCGCCUCAAUUGCUCGUCGCCCUUUGGCAAUGCUGGCGUCGUCCGAGCGCAAAACCAAAUGGAUGUGAUCGCUCGUUUGGAUCCUCCUCCGCCACCUGACAUUCUCCACCACCGCCAGCGACGACAGACUCCAGCCGAGGCUUCCUUCUCCUUCGACCAGCCCGUCUACGUCACGUCCGUGCCGGAAGAGAAAGACAGGGGCCUGCAGGUGAUAUCCCUGGCCGUUCGCAAUCCGCCGCCCAUCGGCGUCACAUACUCCAUGGUGGCCGUUUUAGACGCUCGCUCUCAGAAGCUCUUCGCCAUCGACGGGCAGACGGGCAGCAUCACAACGUCGGCCAGACUCGAUCGCGAGUCCAUGGACGUCCACUACCUGCGGGUGACGGCCACCGAAGUGAUGGCCGAAGACGGGCGCUCCCAGCCGAGAAGCGCCACGGCGACAGUUCAGAUCAACGUCGAGGACGUCAAUGAUUUCCCGCCAACGUUCGAACAGCCGUCGUACGAAACGUCCAUCAAAGAGUCGGCGUCGAUCGGGACGGCCGUCCUGACGGUGCGGGCCAAAGACCAAGACGCCGGAGCCAAUGCCGAUGUCCACUACAGCAUCGUCAACCCGUUCGGUGCCAACGAGGCGUUCCGCAUUGACGCCAAAACGGGCGUCAUCAGCACGCGAUUGGCUCUCGACCGUGAAACCAACGGCCAGUACAACUUGACCAUCCAGGCGGUUGACCAGGGACCGGUUCAAGAGCGUCAAUCGGCCACGGCCUUGGUUCACGUCCAGGUGGGCGAUGAAAACGACAACUACCCGCAGUUUUCCGAGCGGACAUACACGGUCGACGUGGCCGAAAACGUCAACUGGGCAGAGAAUCCAAUCGUGGCCAGGAUCAGGGCGACAGAUGCGGAUGUGGGACCCAACGCCGUCCUACGCUAUUCGCUGAUCGGCGGCAACACGCAGGGCCACUUUGUCAUCGACUCGUUGAGCGGCGACGUGGCCGUGGUGCAGCCGCUGGAUUUCGAAACGGUCCGCAGCUACCGGCUGGUGAUCCGGGCCCAGGACGGCGGCAAUCCCAGCCGCUCCAACACGACCCAACUACUCGUCAACGUACGCGACGUCAAUGACAACGCACCAAGAUUCUACACGUCGCUCUUCCAAGAGUCGGUCAUCGAGAACGUGCCAGUCGGUCACAGCAUCGUCAGGGUUCAAGCCUACGACGCCGACGACGCCGACAACGCCCUCAUCUCCUACAGGAUCGUCCCGCUGGCCACCAUGACGCCCACCGGUAACCAGCAGAUGGACGAGGACCAACUGCCGUUCGGCAUCGAUCCCGACACCGGAUGGAUCGUCACCGUCCGCGACUUGGAUCGCGAAGAGAACCACCACCACGAAUUCGAGGUAUUGGCCACGGACGGCGGCGGCAAAACGGCGACGGCCCGCGUCGUCCUGCAGAUUCAGGACCAGAACGACAACGACCCCGUUUUCUGGCCCAAAGUCUACGACGCCAUCGUCGGCGAGGACGCCACUCCCGGGACGCCCGUCCUGACCGUCACGGCCGCCGAUCGGGACGAGAACCCGCGGCUCCAGUAUUCCCUGGUGGGCGGCAACGUCCGCGGUCGCUUCAGCGUCAGCUCCCAGAACGGCCAGGGUCUCAUCUCGGUGGCCCAGCCGCUCGACUACAAGCAGGAGAAGCGGUUCGUCUUGACGGUGCAGGCCAGCGACUCGGGCGGACGCAGCGACACGGCCACCGUCUACCUCAACGUCUCCGACGCCAACACGCACGCGCCGGCCUUCGAGGCCGCCCCGUAUUCGGCCACCGUCUUCGAGGAUGCCCCAAUAGGAACGACGGUUUUGAUCGUGGCGGCAAGUGACGGGGAUGUGGGCGACAACGCCCGGAUCACUUACGGGCUCUCGGGUGAGCUGGUUCCGGAAUUUUCCAUCCAGCCAGCCACCGGCGCCAUUAUCACGACCAAACAGCUGGAUCGAGAGCGGACGUCCGGCUACUUGCUGACCAUCACGGCGCGAGAUAACGGAAAUCCGCCGCUGAGCGACACGACUGACGUUGAAAUUAGCCUGGGAGAUUUCAACGACAACCCGCCCUUCUUCCAGCAGACCAUGUACACGGCCAACGUGCCGGAAGACGCACUCAUCGGCACUUCCGUUCUCCAAGUGACCGCCACCGACGCCGACCAGGGAUUCAACGGCCGCGUUCGCUACGUUCUGCUCGACGCCGACGCUAACGACUCGCCCUUCACCCUGGACGCCACUUCCGGAAUUUUGCGGACCAAUAAAUUGCUGGACAGGGAACUGGUGGCCAAAUACGACCUGCUGGUCCAGGCCAUCGAUCGCGGGACGCCGGAACUCUCGGGCGCCGCAUCGGUGUCGGUCAUUAUCGAAGAUGUUAACGACUCGCCACCGUCGUUCAACAUUCCGCCGAGUUCGGAUCGGGUCCGAUUGUUCAUCCAGGAGAAUUCGCCCGUCGGUUCCAAAGUGGGCGACAUUUUGGCGCGUGACCCCGACGAAGGCGUCAACGCCAUCGUCCAGUAUUCCAUCAUCGGCGGCCAGGACGCCGAGGCUUUCACCCUAGUGCCGCGGCCGGAAUCCGGAUUGGCCGAACUCUUGACCCGCAUCGAGCUCGACUACGAAUCGCCCCACAAGCGCUACGAAAUUCUGGUGCGGGCCGCUUCGCCGCCACUCCGCACCGACGUCCUAGUCGAAAUCAACGUCGUCGACAAAAAUGAUAACGUGCCCGUUCUCAACGACUUCCGGCUGGUCCUCAACAAUUUCAGGAAUUAUUUCCCCCUGGGGCCGGUGGCCCGCGUCCCAGUCUUCGACGCCGACGUCAACGACCAGUUGCACUACCGGGUGGUGUCGGGCAACAGCGCCGACUUGAUCCUGUUGAACGAAACGAGCGGAUUCAUCAGCCUGUCGUCCAACCUCAACACUAAUGUGCCCAUUUCGGCCGCCAUGGAAAUCUCCGUCAGCGAUGGAACGAAUGUGGUGAGAGCCGAAAUGCAACUGUCUGUCCUGCUGGUCACGGAUGCGAUGCUCUUCAAUUCGGUGACGCUCCGAUUGGGCGACAUGGACCAGGAGAGUUUCCUGUCUCAACCGCUCUACAAUUACUUCGUCGACGGCCUAGCGGCCAUCAUCCCUUGCCCCAAGGAGAACGUCUUUGUCUUCAACAUUCAGAACGAUUACGAGGCAGACGGGCGGAUACUGAACGUUAGUUUCUCUGCCAAACGGCCCGACCUACCGGGCGAGGUCCUCUACACGCAGCAGUUUCUCCAGGAACGGGUUUACCUCCGGCGCCACGCCCUGACUAAAUUAACCACCCUCCAGGUAUUACCAUUCGACGACACGUUAUGUGUCAGAGAGCCUUGUCUCAAUUUCGAAGAGUGCCUUUCGGUGCUGAAAUUCGGCAACGCUUCCGACUUCAUCAGCAGCCCGACUCUGCUCUUCCGGCCGAUUCAUCCAGUCAGCACUUUUGCCUGCAGGUGUCCAGCGGGAUUCACCGGUAUGAGGGAACACUACGUCUGCGACACGGAAGUCAAUUUGUGCUACUCCAACCCGUGCCUGAACGGCGGCAGCUGCCUCCGCAAAGAGGGCGGUUACACCUGCCUGUGCAAGACGGGAUUUGCCGGCGACGAGUGCCAACUGGAUCUGUCCGGAAAAAGCAGCGCCGGAAGAGGCAGGACGCAGCAGCAACAGCAGGACAAAACGUGCAACGGAAGGACUGGCCUUUGCGCCCCGACCAAUUGCACGGGACCGGCCAAUUUCUACACGCCGCUGACCUGUCAACUGCGCUCCCGCAGUUUCUAUCGCGGAUCUUUCCUGACUUUCCCGGCCUUGAGGCAGCGCUAUCGACUUCACCUCAAGCUCAGUUUCGCUACGAGGGAGAGAAACGGCCUUUUGCUGUACAAUGGGCGAUACAACGAGCGUCACGAUUUCAUAGCCCUGGAACUGAUCGACGGCCGGCUUCAAUUUUCGUUCUCGCUGGGCGCCAAUUUAUCUCACGUUCUCCUGGAACAGCCUUACUCUCUAGCCGACGGCGAUUGGCACACGGUCACUAUUGAUUACUUCAACAGGACGAUCGUUUUGAGUUUGGACGAUUGCGAUACGGCCGUUAGCGUCAAAUACGGUCACGUUUUGGGUAAUAAAUGCGCCGCCCAGGUGGUACAUCACCUGGAGCCUCGCUGCUCCCAGUUCACCGAAACGUGCCACCGAUUCCUGGACUUGACGGCUCCGCUCCAGCUGGGCGGAUUGCCUUCAGCCUCUUCCGAAUUCCAAGUGCGCAAUCGGGACUACGACGGAUGCAUCAAGGACUUGCACAUCGACCACCAGUUCGUCGACUUGGCCAGCUUCGUGGCCGACAACGGCACCGUUGCCGGAUGCCAGGAGAAGAAGGAAUUCUGCUCGUCCAGUCCGUGCCGCAACGGCGGCAAAUGCCGCGAAGGUUUCAGCACUUUCCUCUGCGAUUGUCCCGAUGGCGUCGCCGGCAAGGAUUGCUCAGAGACUAUCGAAGGUUCGAGGCAAUUCCGCGGCGACGGCUAUUUGAUAUUCACGCCAGACGCCAAGCCCAUCGUUUUGCCGUGGUCGGCCAGCUUCGCUUUCCGCACCAGACAGACGGAUUCGUUUCUGAUGAAGAUGGAAAUCGACCCCGGUCAUUCCGUUUUAGUCGAGACCAUCGGCGGGAAAUUGAGCGUCGCGUGGGAAUCGGGCCAGUUCACAUUGGCCGACACGGAGCCGCUCAACGAUGGCAAAUGGCACUGGGCCGAGCUCAAGUGGAUGCAAGGUGAACUCUGGCUCAACACCGACUACGGCCUCUACGAGAAAACCGUGCCCGUCGAUUCCAAAUUGACCGGUUUGAUGCCGACCAAAGUCGUUCUGGGCCGAUUGGAAACGACCAACUCCACCGGAUUCAUCGGCUGCAUCAAGGAUGUGAGAAUCGAUCAGCAACGCAAUUUGUGGCUGAAAUCGUCGGUGGAAUAUCGAGUCAGCGACGGCUGCAGCUCGUCCGAUUCUUGCACGGCCAAGAGCGACGUCUGCCCUCAGAGGGGCACCUGCGCCGACACCUGGAAUUCGCACAAGUGCUCCUGCGAUUCCGGAUUCGUCGGCCCGGAUUGCGCCAACAUUUGCGAGUACAAUCCGUGCGAGAACAACGCCACCUGCCAGAUCGACACGUCGAAUCGCCGCGGCUACAAGUGCGGUUGCCAGGGCGACACGUCGGGCGAUUACUGCGAAGUGACCCUGGACCAGCCGUGCCCGGCAACCUGGUGGGGUUAUCCGGUUUGCGGUCCGUGUCGCUGCGACACGGACAAAGGCUACGAUCCCAACUGCAACAAAACAAACGGCCAGUGCGUGUGUCAGGAAAAUCACUACCAGCCGGUCAACGAGGAGGAAUGUCUCGACUGUAAUUGCUACCUGACGGGCUCGUUUGGCUCCAAGUGUGACGCCCUUACCGGUCAAUGCAAGUGCCGACCGGGAGUCAUUGGCCGACGAUGCGACUCUUGCCCCAACCUUUUCGCCGAAGUCACGCUCAACGGAUGCGAAGUGAUCUACGACGCUUGCCCAAGGAGUUUCGACUCGGGCAUCUGGUUCGACCGCACCCUCUACGGACUGACCACUUCCAGGGACUGCCCAAUCGGAUCGCUGGGACAGGCGUACAAAACUUGCGACAAGGAAGUCGGAUGGAUGCCGGCCGACCUGUUCAACUGCACCACCAUCCCAUUCGUCGAUCUCCGCGAAAUGUUGAAACGAUUGGAUCAGGGCAAUUUGAACCUCAACCCGUUCAUUUCGGUGAGGCUGGCCCAGCAGCUGUUCAAAGCCACGAAUCACAGUUCCAAACUUUACGGUAGCGAUAUCUUUAUUGGACAACAGCUGCUGGUCAAGAUCUUGGAACACGAUACCCACAGAGAGGGAUUCAAUCUGACUCAUCGACACGACAAAGAUUUCAUCAGGAAUUUGGUCAGUGCCACUAGCGUACUGUUCCAGAUGCAGUAUGUCGGACACUGGAGAACAAUCGAAAAAGUUCACGGCUACGGAGCCGAAGUUUUACUAAUGGCCUUCCAAAAUUAUGCGGCUAAUUUGGCUCGUCAACAGAACAGCACCUAUACUUUGCCCUUUGAAGUCGUCACUCCUAAUAUGGUUUUCGGAAUGGACGUUCUGAGCACGGAACAAAUUAUCGGUCAAGAACUGAAAUCGGGCGGUUUGGAGAAGAUUGUGAUUCCGGACACUAGCCGUUACAUUGAAGAAGCAUCCGCCGGAAUUGUCAACAAAGAGAGACCCGCUUCGAUCAACGCCAUUUUCCCGAAAUACAACAACUACGUCAAAAAUCCGGUGCUCUUCGAUCGCACCUCAAAGUUCUUCACGCCACUCAACUUGCUGGGCUUCCGGCUUCCGUCGGCCAAGAAGACCACAGACCGCGCCAGCAGUGAAACUCAACGAUCCGUUGUGAGCUACGCGAUUUAUCGGACAGCUGGCGAGAUCUUGCCACAAGUGUUCGAGCCCAAUUUGAGGCAGCGCUACGGAGUGGACCUGACUCUUCCGUCCACCACGAUGGGCUUCGCCGCUCUUUCAGUGGACGGAAACAUCGUCACCGAUCAGCCCGACGGGCCGGCAAUCAAGUAUCGCAUCCGCGUCGAUUACGUCAACCAGCGGGCCAAUCCGCAGUGCGUUCACUGGAAGCCGACAGGAUCGGGAGGCGGAUUAAUACCGGGGCCCGCUGUGGCCAUCAAAGGCGCCUGGAGUCGAGAGGGUUGCCGAACCGAUUUCCACGACCCGUGGUUCUACGACCAGGAAGACUUUCACGUCAAUUGCACCUGUUCCAGUUUGGGACCGGUGGCCGUCGUCAUGAACAAAGAGGAAUUCAUAACAAUGGCCAGAGAGCCGACGCUGAUCGAAGAUGUGGUCACUUACAUCGGUCUGGUGGCCAGCGUGGUUUUCUUGGCCGUGGCGUUCAUCUGUCUCAGUUUGAUCAGCGGCCAACAGCAGACCAACUCCAACUCUAUUCACCGCAACUUCGUCGUUUGCCUCCUCUUGGCUCAGUUGCUGUUUUUGUUGGCUUUGAAACUGCGGGGGACCGUCCAACAUCACGAGUUUGUCUGUAAAUUGCUGGCCAUGGGUCUGCAUUACCUGUGGUUAUGCAUCUUCUCCUGGCUGAUGAUCGAAUCGAUUCACUUGUACCGAAUGCUGACCGAACUGCGUGACGUCAAUCAUGGCCACAUGAGCUUCUACUAUUCAGUGGGCUAUGGACUUCCGGCAAUCAUCCUUGGCCUGUCGGUCGGCGUCCGAGCCGACCAGUAUGGCAACUAUUAUUUCUGUUGGCUAUCGGUUUUCGAAUCGGUCAUCUGGAGUCUGGUCGGCCCGUGUUGCUUCAUGAUCGUCUGCUCGCUCAUUACGUUCGGAAUGGGCUUGAGGGCCGCCUUCACGCUCAAAGAUCACAUCGAAGGUUACGGCAACUUGAGGACUCUCAUUUGGCUGGGACUGGCCCUCCUACCGGUAACGGCCACCGUGUGGGUAUUGGCCGUCAUGUCGGCCAGUGACACGUCGGAAAUUCUCUUUUACGCCUUCUCACUCUGCUCGGUUCUCGAAUCCAUCUUCAUCAUGUUGGGCUACUGCCUACUCAAUCGUCGAGUCCGUCUCGGUCUGCUCCAUCUGGCGGGCCGUAAGGACACCAUGGAUCACGACGAUCUCCACGGACUCGGCCAUCAGAUCGAAACCCAUUCCGUCACGGCUUCCAGAUCGGCUCUGGCCUAUCAGAACAAUCGCGACACGGUUUCGGCGCUGCAGCAAAGAGAAAUCAAUCAUCAAAGACAUUUGGGCAUCUCGACGGCGUCGACGACAUCCCGCUCCACCUGCAAGACGGGCAGCAGCAGCAAUUACCGCAGCGCCGACAUGCGAAGUGGCGAUGUUUCGACGAGUACGGGCAGUCGCUCGUCCUACACCAGCCGACAAAUCGUCCACAAGUCACCGUACGCUUACGACAACGACGACGACAAACCUAAAAAGAGACAUCCGUCCGGAGAGAGCGGAGAAGAGUCAGACGGCCAAUUGGAUUUAGCUUCCAGUCAUACCAGCGAUGACGAUGAAACUGCCACCAAUAGGAGCCUUAGCAUCAACAGGAAUUUGAAAGAACACCGGAAACCGGAAUUGCCUUCAAAGCCGACCUUUAUGCCCAACAUUUGCGAAGCGGGAGAGCCGAUGCCACAAAUUCCGUCACCCACGCCACCCCAUAACAUGAUGAUGCCCAUGUCAAACAGCAACAUCCGACCACUUUACUCGCCGGCCUGGUCCAGUCAAUUGCCACCACCCGCUUACCCUCUAUCGAUGUCUUAUUCGCCAGCCGGUCGCUGGGUAUCCGAAAGAAUGUCCAGUGCCACGCCUUCCGAAAACGAACAGGCCAGCCCCAACCCAGGGUACGGCAAACCGUCCACUCGGUUCAUGGUGCCUCUGGGUAUGCCACGCAAUUACGACGAUGAAGAUUAUGAGGAUUACGAGCAUCAUCAAGAGCGCAAUCAUGGAUUUCAAUCAAUAGACAACGAAGCUCAACGAAUGGACGGCCUCUCAUUGGACGAUCGAGACGUUGGCGGUUCAGUAACGAACAAUUUGAAUUUUGCGGCGCCAACCGCGGGCAUUGCACCUGAGAGAAAACUCAUGACACCCGUGGCCACUUUGGAAAUGACCGACUCGGAGUACGUCUAACGCACUGGCCAGCUCUACAAGGCGUGGACGGGCACGCAAUCUGACCAUCUGGGAGUCGCCGGGGAUUAGGGAAUCAAGUUGAUAAAAGAAUAAAAAAGCAACAAAAUCAACACGAUGGUCCAGUUCCCUAUCUUUGGGUCCCAACGCAAUGCAAGUGACGAUAUUAUUAUGAAUUGACUGUAAUGACUGAUAUCAAAUGUUGUUGUUUGUAAAUGUACAGCUGUUUUUAAAAAGAACAUAUGAGUGAUAAGAUCUCUUUUUUUUUGUUUGCAUUUUUUCUUUCGUUGUCAUUUGAAGUGUACACUUGCUACAGUUUUGUUCGUUAAAAUGUGCCAUGUCCAUUUGUUCAAUGUCUGAUGUACCGUAAGUGUUUUUAACAGCUAGUGCAAUAAAUGAAUCAUGUCUAAUUGUAAAAAA